AUGGCCAAGGUGAAGCAGGUGGGCUUGCUGGCAGCAGGCUGUCAGCCCUGGAACAAAGACGUGUGUGCUGCUAGUGGAGACCGCUUUGCCUACUGUGCUACUUUGGCUAUAUACAUCUACCAGUUGGACCAGCAGUACAAUGAAUUUAAACUGAGAUCCAUCAUGUCAGAGCACAAGAAGACCAUAACAGCCAUCAGCUGGUGUCCUGACAACCCAGAUCUGUUUGCAUCAGCCUCUGCUGACAACCUGCUCAUCGUGUGGAAUGUAGCAGAACAAAAGGCUGUAGCACGACUGGACAACACUAAAGGAGUCCCUGCGUCUGUCAGCUGGUGCUGGAACUCAGCUGACGGAGUGGCGUUUGUCUCCCAGCGUGGACCGUUGUAUAUCUGGGUCUAUGGAGGUCCUGACCCUGGGCUCACAGUGCACAAAGAAGCCCACUCCUUCCUGUCUGACAUCUGUCUGUUCAGAUGGCACCCCACCAAGAAGGGCAAACUGGUGUUUGGACACACAGAUGGAAGUUUGUCUGUGUUUCAGCCAGGGAGUAAAAGCCAAAAGCAUGUGCUGCGUCCAGAGUCUCUGGAGGGGACAGAUGAAGAGGACCCAGUGAGUGCUCUGGAGUGGGAUCCUCUCUCCACUGACUAUUUACUAGUGUCUAACCUCCAUAAUGGGAUCAGGCUGGUGGACAGUGAGGCCUUGAACUGCAUUACAUCCUUCUGCUUCCCCUCAGCUGCUGCAUCAGUUCAGUGUCUGGCCUGGGUCCCCUCUGCACCGGGCAUGUUCAUUACUGGAGACUCUCAGGUCGGGGUGUUGAGGGUGUGGAAUGUGUCCCGGUCUACUCCUCUGGACAGCUUCAAACUGAAGAAGACUGGAUUUCAUGCUUUACAUGUCCUCAACUCUCCUCUCUCCAAGAAGGCUCCCAGCUCCAGUUCUCCCAGUAAGAGUCAGCACACCAGUUCCACCAGUGAGGCAGUACCCCCCCCAACCCUGUCCCAGAACCGCUCCUUCUCUCUGCCCCCCGGCCACGCUGUGUGCUGCUUCAUGGAUGGAGGAGUGGGGCUCUAUGACAUGGGGGCCAAGAAGUGGGACUUCCUGCGGGACUUGGGUCAUGUGGAGACCAUCUUUGACUGUAAGUUUAAACCAGAUGACCCUAACCUUCUGGCCACGGCAAGUUUUGAUGGAACCAUCAAGAUCUGGGACACAAACACCCUCACAGCUGUUUACACCUCCCCUGGCAACGAGGGGGUGGUCUACUCCCUGUCCUGGGCUCCAGGAGACCUGAACUGCAUUGCCGGGGCUACAUCUCGUAGCGGAGCGUUCAUCUGGGAUGUGAGGAAGGGAAAGAUCAUCACUCGCUUCAAUGAGCACGGGAAGAAUGGGAUCUUCUGUAUUUCCUGGAGCCAUAAAGACUCGAAGAGGAUUGCCACCUGUAGUGGAGAUGGGUUCUGUAUCAUUCGGACCAUUGAUGGUAAAAUCCUGCACAAGUACAAACAUCCUGCUGCUGUGUUUGGUUGUGACUGGAGCCAGAACAACAAGGACAUGAUAGCGACAGGCUGUGAGGACAAAAACGUGCGGGUCUACUACUUGGCUACCAGCUCUGACCAGCCACUGAAGGUCUUCACCGGACACCUGGCUAAGGUGUUCCAUGUCCGCUGGUCUCCACUCAGAGAGGGUAUCCUGUGUUCUGGAUCAGACGACGGCACUGUUCGUAUAUGGGACUACACACAGGACGCAUGUAUCAAUGUGCUGAGUGGUCACACAGCUCCGGUCAGAGGCCUGAUGUGGAACACAGAGGUUCCCUACCUGCUCAUCUCAGGUUCUUGGGAUUACACAAUCAGAGUGUGGGACACGAGAGACGGCACAUGUCUGGACACAGCCUACGACCACGGAGCUGAUGUGUAUGGUUUGACAUGUCACCACAAUCGUCCGUUCACCAUGGCCAGCUGCAGCAGAGACAGCACGGUGAGGCUGUGGUCUCUCACUCCACUCAUCUCUCCCCUGCUGCUGAACAUCCUCACCGACCAGCCGUGGGAGAAGAUCAUAGGAAACACAGACACAGCUAUGGUUCCUGGUUCUCCUCCACUGCUCUGUGGUAAAGUGUCUCGAGACGUCAAACAGGAGCUGGACAAGCUGAGCUCAGACAUCAGGGCCAAGAAGUUGCGUUGGUUCUCUGAGUGCUUCUUGCCUCCAGGAGGCAGCAGUAACCUGUGGGACCUGGUGUCAGUCAUUAACGGUCAGGACGACUCACUGCUUCCAGCCAGCUACAGCAAAGGAGUGAUGCACAUGAAGCACCUGCUCAAGUUUAAGACAGCACAAGCACAGCAGUUACUUAAUAUGGAGAGGAGCCCAGGGCCGCAUGUUGACAACACACUGGUGUCAAGUGGUCUUACAGGGGCUGGAGAUCAGGACUGCAAACUGCCCAUUGUUCCGGUCCAGGUUAAAUCUAAGAAGGGAACCAAAACUGUCAUCACUUACGCUUUCUUGGACCAGGUGAGUACGGCUGUGUUUUGCACUGAGAGCUUAAUGCACAAGCUCCACCUCACAGGGAGGAAUGGACGCAUUCUCCUUCGAACCAUGGGCCAGGAGAAAGUCGUAAGCAGCAACAUCGUGUCAGGAUUGGAGGUUGCAGCACUGGAGGGGGACAAUUUUCUUGAGCUUCCAAGAGUUUACACGCAAGAGUCCAUGCCUGUGAACAGAGGAAAUAUUCCCACGGAAAGGGAUAUUGAACAAUGGUCACAUCUGAAACACAUUCGCUUACCUCAGAUUGAUGCAGGAAUUGAGCUACUUAUAGGUACCAAUGUUCCUAAAGCACUGGAACCACUGGAAGUGGUGUGUAGCGUAAAUGAUGGACCAUAUGCGAUCCGAACUUUGCUGGGCUGGACUGUCAAUGGUCCACUGACAGGUAGCAGUGGAGAGACCGUUAAGUGGGAGCAUCCUCAAAUAACUGUCAACAGAGUUGCAGUCGUGAACCUGGAUGACCUCUGGCAACAACAAUUUAAGAAUGAUUUCCCUGAAAGCAGUAUUGAGGAGCAACCAGGAAUGUCAAGGGAGGAUCAAAGGUUCUUGGAGUUUGUUAACAACACAGUGAAACAGGUGGAAGAGCAUUACCAGAUUGCGUUACCUUUAAGGAACAGGGACGUCAGCAUGCCAAACAACAGGAGAGUUGUUGAACAGCGCCUGUGUUAUUUGAAAAGGAGGUUUCAGAAGGACUCAAUAUUUCAUACCGAGUAUAACACCUUCAUAAAUGACCUUCUGGCUAAAGGCUAUGCAGAAAAGGUGCCCGAAGAAGAGUUGGAUCGUGGCGAUGGGAAAGUAUGGUACAUACCACACCACGGAGUCUACCAUCCCACUAAAAGAAAGAUCAGAGCUGUGUUUGACUGUGGAGCAAGAUAUCAAGGAACAUCACUAAAUGCUCAGCUUCUACAGGGCCCUGAUCUUACCAGUUCCCUGAUUGGAGUGGUGACUCGGUUUAGGAAGAAAUCAGUUGUGAUUAUGGCCGAUAUAGAAUCAAUGUUCCAUCAGGUUCAAGUCCCUCCUGAUGACAGAGACCUCCUCAGGUUCCUCUGGUGGCCAAAGGGGGAUACGCAGCAGCUACCCAUUGAGCAUCGGAUGAAGGUGCACUUGUUUGGGGCGACAUCAUCUCCCAGUUGUGCUAACUUCGCCCUCAGAAAGUGUGCAGAGGACCACGGGCAUCACUACA